AUGAACGUGGCAAGCACCCCAGUAGAGGGUAAAAAGAGGGGAAAUGGUUCCCUUGAAGUGCAACAAGUGGAUGAUCCAAAUGUGGACUACAUCACUGCAGAUUCAGAGCUCACUGAAGAUUUACCGGAUGAUGCAGAAUCAAUUGAUUUGAUUCAUCUGAAAAUCCAGUCUCUCGAGGACUUGAAACUUUACAGGUUUACGAGAUUGGCUAGUUUAUGUCUCAGACAAAACUUGAUAGAAAGCAUAAGUGAAGUGGAAGUACUACCAGUGGACACAUUCAAAGAUCUUGAUCUUUACGACAACCGAAUCAAGCAUAUUUCAAGCAACAUCAGCAAGUUGGUCAAUUUAGAAAAUUUGGACCUUUCAUUCAAUAAGAUUAAGCAUAUCAAGAAUGUGGAACAGUUGAUUAAUUUGAAGAAUCUCUAUUUUGUUCAGAACAAGAUUUCGGUGAUUGAGAACUUAUCCACUUUAAAGAAGCUAGUCAAUUUAGAGCUUGGUGGGAACAGAAUCGACGAGAUCCUCCCAGAUUCCUUCAUAGGACUGGAAAAUUUGGAAGAAUUGUGGUUAGGAAAAAACUCGAUUAGAACUUUAGUUCAUUUGAACCCUUUAAAAUCACUUAAGAUUCUGUCUAUUCAGGCAAACAGGUUGACGAAGAUUGAAGGAUUAGAAGAACUGGAAAAUCUCGAAGAGCUUUACAUUUCCCACAACUUUGUCACCAAGAUCGACGGCUUGAGCAACAAUCACAAACUGACGACUUUAGACGUUACUUCCAACAAGAUUACAAAGGUCGAGAAUUUGUCACAUCUCAAAAAUCUCACCGAUCUGUGGGCAUCCUUCAACCAGAUUGACCAAACCUUCGAGGAGGUGGGUGAUGAACUAAGAGGAUUGCCUGCUUUUGAGACGAUCUACUUGGAAGGUAACCCAAUCCAAAGAAAUAAUGAAACAUCUUACAGGAGAAAACUCGUAAUGAAUUUGGGUCCCUCGUUACAGAAAAUAGAUGCAACUUUUGUGCGUGGAUGA